AUGCCGGGGGGUUUGAGUGGCACAAAAGUUGGUGGUGGUCAAACGAAAACCAGUUCGUUGGAGUCAUUGGUUCGAGCGGCUGAGAAAGACGAUUUGCUGCUCUAUUUGACGGCGAUUUGCGGUAUAUUCAUGCCUGGAAUUGUUUAUAUCUUAUAUCAUUAUCUACACAAAAUGUAUGAAAAUUACUCUAAGAAACGUGAAGAGGAACGGUUGAUCGAGGAACGUGAACGCUCGGCAGUGACGGUGUUCUUCGCUUCGGACAACGAUGAAGCACAGCGUUUAGCGCAUUUGGUCUCCGAGAGACUCGCGCACGAAUCACCACCCGUAAUCGAUCUCGCAUACGUCGACAUCGAAGAUUUCUCAAACUUCAAGGGAAUUGGUAUCUUCUUGAUAAGUAGCGGGAAAAAAGGGCGUGAGCCCGAAUCAGUGGAAUGGUUCUUCGAUUGGUUGGAGGAGCUGGGUAGUGACAAUAAACGAUCGAAAAAGCACAGACGUUUCUUCGAGUGUCGUAAAAUGCAUUUUGCUAUUUUUGGAAUCGAUAAUUUUAUGCUCAGAGGGCGCAGUAACACUCGAUUCAAUCGGGCUGCUCAAACGCUGGCAAGACGAUUGCGUUCGAUUGGUGCGAAACCGAUUUGUCGUUUAUAUUUGGCCGAUCGUAAUCGACAGUAUGAAAGUAUCGAACAGCAGGCAGACUCAUGGGCUGACCGACUGUUGGAGGCGAUUGACGAGUUCACACUUCCGCAAGAGAAACAAAAAUCUCCAAUGCGAUUCCUUGGUCUUAGAACGGCAGCUGAAUGGUCAUCGUCAGCUGAUUCGAACUAUUCGUCCGAAAGUGGCGAUGAAAUUGAAUCCAAAUAUUUCACGAGAGGUUCUGAAUCUUAUAACAGACGUUGGAAACCUUUCAACAGUCUCGAAGCAAAAGAGGAGCGAUCGGAAUCAGAUGAAAGAGAAGAAAGCGAUGACGGUUCAGAAUACAACGACACCAAGUGCUUUCACUCGGAACCGUCCGAAUGGGCUGCUUCUGAAGAAUUCACUGAUGCAAAUUUGAAGUGUCGUGUUCGGGUGGAUGACGAUAGAUGA